AACCGGCUGUGCAAUUUUUAGAUUCACAAAUUGCUUCGUUUAAAAUUAUUUCACAACAAUCAAAACAACAUUUACAAGUGAAGAACUUCUGGCUUAUCAAUGGCGAGUUGCAGCUCAAAUCUAAAUUGGAAUCCGAAUAUCGAUGUGUUAAUUAGCGACAGCGAGGAUGACGAUGAUGAAACAAAACCAAAUUAUAAAGGGCGCGAAGCGCUGAUAUUCGUGGUGGACGCUAAUCUUUAUGCAGAGUAUGAGAGAUUUGCUGAGGCAUUGGAUAUUGUGCGUAAAGCACUAAUAUCUGGGUUGCUUGUAAACAGUAAUGACUUAAUUGGUAUUGUAUUUGCAAAUACUGAAAUGAAUCCGGAUCCAUAUGAAGCUAGCAGUUUGGAUAAUAUUGUUUUGCCACAAAAUUGCGCGGUUUUCUUACCACUCCGCGCCUUAUCGAAAUCAAUAGUAGAACAUUACCUGCGCUUUAUGGAAACUGCUGAACAAGAAUUUGGGACCAACUAUGGUAUCGUAGGAAAUGGCGGCAAUGCCGAUUUUGCUGUUAUGCUACGCUUGUGUAUAAAUCUAUUUGAAAACGCCGGCUAUAAUCUGGUUUCUUCGACAUUGGUUUAUCUUACUGACAGAGCAACGCCCCAUCCUCCCAAUUCAAAUUUAUAUCAAAGAGCCUUGCAAAAAGCCAAAGAUCUGGAAGGCAAGGAAAUCGAGUUUCAAGUGAUACCCAUGGUUGAUGAAUUUGAUUAUGAGCCAUUUUACAAAGAAUUUAUAACGCUGGUUGAAGAUGGAAAUAUUGCUGAUUUUGAGCCAAAAAAUCCCGAAGAAUUACGUACACUAUUAUCUGAUCGCAAGCUGCGACAAAACGUUUUAAGACGAUCGUUGGGCCAUUUCAAAUUGUCGCUGGGUCCAGAUUUGGCGAUAUCAGCUCUCUACUAUAAGUAUUUCAAAGCUCGUUUCAUGCCACGAAAAGUGCGGCUUCUGCGGAAAGACAAUUCAAUUGUACAUCAAAAGCGUGUUAUUAUGGUGCGUAAGCAGUCACAAGAAACUAUGGAAAUUGCUGAAGAGUACGUAGUUAAACAAAGUGGUGGUUGGCACGAGAUUAACCUGGGUGACAUGAGUAUACGCAUUACACCCGAGCAAAUAAAUCGUGUCCGAAACUUGCAUGCACCCGGCAUGAUGUUACUUGGCUUUAAACCGAUUUCGGAAUUGCCAGAAAAUUGGUAUUAUAAACCACAAAACUUUAUGUAUCCCGAUGAGAAAGGUGUUAAGGGAUCGAAAUGUCUAUUUCGGGCACUUUGGGAACGGUGUUUGGAGCGAGAUAAAAUGGCUAUUUGCUUAUUCAUGCGUAAGCGCAAAUCAAUUCCACGUUACGUUGCUUUAAUACCCGUGGACGGUACUGCUACAGAGGAUGAUACGUCCAAACCCUUAUUAUCAGGUGAUGGUUUCAAGAUAGUAUAUCUGCCUUUUGCCAAACACAUACGCAAUAUAGAUUUUGCGAAUUGGAAUAGUAUGCAAAACGACUCACCCGAAGAAGGUGUGAAAGUUUUUGAAAAAGUAGUCAGUAAAUUGCGUACCACAUUCCAAUCUAAUUUUCUUGUUGAUCCAACUGUGGAGGCAUUGCAAUCUAAUAUAUUGGCUUUAGCUUUGAAUAUAAAAACUGACAAUGCCGGUUUGAGUGGAAUGCCGGAUGCCAAGCGGCAGGAUGAACGCAUUGCAAAAAUCUUGCCUCGAAUAAACGAAAUAUUCGGCGAUGAUGUUGAAGUAGCAAAAAAGCGCCCGGCAACUGGUGCAUCAAGUGCAAAUGCACCUAAAAUACCUAAAGCGGAUGCGGAUAGUUUGCAGCUACUUAGCUACGUGCAACAGUUGGCGAGCAAUGAUACGCUGGGUAGUUGUACUGCUACCCAAUUGCGUGAUAUUUUGAAAACACAUUUUGAUGUGCAGGUUCCCUCAAAAAUGAUUAAGCAGGAUUUGAUUGCUCGAGUAAAGGAACUAAUUGAUUGAUUCCUGUUGAUUUGCUGUUUUUCUUUGCUUUUGUUAAUCUUCGUUUUCGGUAAUAGUUUUCUAAAAUUGUCGAAGAUAAAUACUCAUAUAAGAAAGUUAGAUCGUACAUAAAUACAUACAAAUGUAAUAAAAAAUAAAAACAAAAAUAA